AUCCGCCCUUCCGAGCGUGACCCCGAUCACCGCAUGCUCUGCCAUAGCCGAUCUCAUACUCACCGAGCUUGAAGUGCUGAGUAUCAGUCCAGCAGGUCAGAAGCUCAUUUCUCGGCUAGCGACUCACAGCCCCUGCUCUCACUUCUCUGCAACGGUCAAGCUCCGAACAUUUACGGCUCCGUCGAAAUGGCGUGCGUUGCAGCUGUUAGCGUUGUGGCUGCCGUGACCCCGGUUGCUCAGCUCGGAGAAUCGAGGGUUCUUUCCCGCCAGGGAGCAGUCUUGGCUGCCCCCAAGAGCCUGUCCUCCAAGCUCGUUGUCAACAGGAGUCGCGUUGUGAUGAGCGCCGCACCACAAAAGGACCAGAACAUGGCUGGACUCACCUCCGUUGCUCUGUUGGCCGCUGCCAUCAUCCCCGAGAUCGCUGAAGCCGCCCAACCUGGAAUCUCCCCAUCGUUGAAGAACUUGCUGUUGAGCGUCGUCGCCGGAGGAGUCGUGUUGUCUGCCAUUGGUGUAGCCGUUGCCGGCGUGUCAACCUUCGACCCCGUCAAGAGACGGUGAACAAUGGGGAUGUGUAGACUAUGUGCAGUGACACCGAACUUGUCGACUUGUUACAGUAGUUUUUGUAUGUAGAUGGACGACCUUAAUUCUCCACUUCGAUCAAAAUUGAUUGUUUGUGAUUGAGCAUACUGGGACUUACUGCCUAGAUCUUGGCCAGCAACAAUUGGUUAGAGCAGCAGCGGGUUUGUCUCUGUUCUUCAACCUGGUUGGACCCGGAAUCUCUGUCCGCCAUGUCUUGCGAGAGAUAUUUCUUGAUGUUGAGGUCGAUGUAGCAUAUGUUUCAAUGAAUGGCAGGAGUAUUUGACCAGAUGAUCACGUGCACCUGUCUGAAAUUACUUG